UUUUGGUCCGUUUUUCAUCCGUUUUUUCGAUCCGUUUUUUGAUCCGUUUUUUUUAUUUUUUUGGUUUUAGAACUUUAUUAAUCAUCUUUUCAAGAAUUUUCCCAUGAUUCUUUGUUUCCCCCAGUGUGCAUUGUGCUUUCCUCUUCCUGUAUGUUAACAGCCGGCUGUUUUGUUCCUGAUCCAUUGCUGUAUUUCACUGUACUUUACUGCUGAUUACGAUGGAUUUGGGGAAUUAUUAUCAGAAUGUGACAUCAUUUGUCAUGCUGUACUAUGUGUGGAGAAAAAAAAGCUUGACCAGGAAGAUGUCUGCUAGGGGACGCAGGUACUGGGCACAUCCCAUGCUCCUCAAAAGGCCAAGUGAGGGUUUCUUUGCGCUGCAAUAUGCAGAUUUGCGACGUUACCCUCCUAAAUUUUUUAAUUUCACUAGAAUGACGAUCCCAACGUUUGAUUAUUUGCUUGAAAAGUUACAUCCCAGACUAUACCGGACAAACACAGACAUGCGACUUGCUGUGCCUCCAGAGGAGCGACUUCUCAUUACCCUCAGGUUUCUUGCAUCUGGAGUGUCUUAUACGUCACUAAGCCAUUUUUUUUUAUUGGGAAUAUCAACCAUAUCAGUGAUAGUGCAUGAGACCUGCGAAGCAAUAUGGGAGGAGCUUCGUUCUUCUGCAAUGCCGGUUCCUGAUGCUACCAUGUGGCAGGAAAUUGCGACUGGCUUUUGGAAAAAAACUCAAUUCCCCAAUUGUGUUGGAGCUCUGGAUGGGAAACAUGUCAGAAUCCAGAUGCCACCAGGAUCUGGCUCGCAAUUUUUCAAUUAUAAAAAAUAUUUUUCACUAGUGCUAAUGGCAAUUUGCGACAGUAACUACAAAUUUAUAGCCGUUGAUAUAGGAGCCUAUGGAUCGAAUGCCGACGCAAGAGUAUUUUCAUCAUCAGUAAUGGGGAGAAGAAUACUGGAGGGACACUUUAAUUUCCCAGCAGAUCAACCACUACCAUCAACUGUAGGACCAGAUUUGCCACAUGUUCUAGUUGCUGAUGAGGCAUUUGGACUUUCUCAUCAUCUUUUAAGGCCUUAUGCCAGGCAGAAUUUAACGACCCCAAAGAAAAUUUUCAACUACCGCUUGAGUCGUGCAAGGCGCCUUAUUGAAUGCACCUUUGGCAUUUUGAGCGGCAAAUGGCGCAUAUUUCAUAGCGCUAUACAACUUAGCGUGGAGAAUGCCCAACUGGCAAUCCAAGCCUGCUGUGUCCUCCACAAUGUCAUCCGCGAGAAGGAAGGGAUUUCUGUUGAGGAAGAGGACGAGGUAGACCUACCAUCUGUGCGCUUUUCCGGACUGCGACCCAACAAUUCAGCCAUUACCAUGCGUGACAAUUUUACUAAUUUUUUUAUGUCCCCAGAAGGAGAGGUUCCGUGGCAGUAUCAGUAUGUGUAAAAACAGUCACGAGGAACUUUAUCAUGUGCACCUUGCUAGUAACAUGUUUCGCCCCUUUUAGUUAAUUUGCAUGGUCUUUCUUGUCAUAGUGAAAACGCCAGUUAAUUUCUACAUUUAAGAUUUCUACAAGUGUAUGCUUUCAUGCUUCAAUUGUCAUUAUGUCCCUAUGAUAUAUCAGUUUGUUUCUUUUCACAUAAAAUACCAAAAAAAAAUCA